AUGAUCAGAGACGCUUCUUUGGGCUCCAAGGAGUUACGUUUCCACCACGCUCCGAUCUUUGGGCUUGUAUGUGGGCUUCUUGGGAUGGACCCCGAGACUUCUCAGAGGGCUUACCUGUUUGUUACACUGAGAGAUGUUGUCUCGGCUGCAACGAGGUUGAACUUGGUGGGACCGAUGGGUGCUUCAGUGAUGCAGCAUCGUAUGGCCGUUGUUGCUGAAACGGUUUUAGAGAAGUGGAAGGAUCGUGAUGCGGGUGAAGCGUGUCAGACAUCUCCUUUGCUAUAUGUUGUGCAAGGUUGUCAUGGUUACUUGUUUUCUAGAUUGUUUUGUUCUUGA